CCAUACCAGUGUCGUGCUAGACUCCGUGAUGCGAGGAGGUGCGCCGCGUUGGCUCCUCCUCCUUCCAGUGCUCGAGGGCUCUCUUACUCUCUCGCGCUCACAAACACAUCCUGACCUCAUUUCCCUGCAUGUGACCUCCCGAGUGACCUAGCCGUCCGUCACGUUCGCGUCUGAGGUCACGGUGCGCUAAGAAACCUGGUGAAAAGAGAUUUAAUAACAAAUAAAUCACCUUUCCUAUUAUUAUUAUUAUUUUUCGAUCGUAAAACUCACGUAACUUUGAAAUGGAGGACUGACAGGUAAGAAUCAGUCUGUUGUCCCGCCAAGGUGUGUGUGUUGGUUCCCUCGCACUCCCCACCAGGUGUUACAAACGGGAGAUUUACCUGUAUGCUUAAUUACAUCUAAUAUACCUGGUCUGUAUCUUUACCUGGUGAGAAAACUUGCAUUAGUAAGAGCUCCGUGACCUGCCGCCUACCUACCUACCUGUCCGUGUUACCUGUGCAUCUCUAGUUAAGUGUCUACCUGUCUACCUGUCUGCCGCGUCUUACCUGCCUGAGAAGAGACAGAGAGGAGCAAAGACAAGCGGAAGAAGAGAAGAAGGAGGAGAAAGAGAAGAGAGGAAGGAGUCAAAGAAAAUGGGAGGAGAUACUAGUUAGGGGUGACUUAAGAAAUAUCGAUGAAUUUUCAAGUAAUUAAUAAAAAGAGAUUAAGUUAAUGAAAAAGUAAAGAAGCCUUGAGUGUUUUAAAGUAAAUGAGAGAAGAGGAAAAUAGAGAAAAAUAUGAAGAGGAAAAUGGAAAGACAAACAGUAAGAAUCAGUAAAGAAAAAUGAGAAAAAACAAAAUGAGAGAAAAAUAUAAAGAAAAAUGUUGAAAGUUUAAUGAGAACAAAAAAAAUAUUAAAAAUGGGAUAAGAAGAAAUAUAAAUAAAGGUAAGAAUAAGAAAAUAACAGCAAAAAAAAAAAAGUGAAAAAAUGAGGAAAAAAAUAAAGAAAUGAUAUAAACAAAAAAAGAACUGGGAAAAAAAUGUGCAAAAAUGAAUAGAAAAAACACAAAUAGAAAAAUAGAUUUAGAAUAACGAAAGAGAGGAAAAGAGAAAAAAACGAAGAAAAGUGGGAAAAGUGAAACAAAAAAAGCAACGAGAGAUGUAAAUAAAAAGAAAACGAAGGAAAAAAAAAUUAAACCAAUAAAAAAAAAAUAAAAUAAAAAAAUACCAAACAAAUCAAGGAAAUAAAGUAAAAUAAACGAAAAAAAGAGAAACCAAAAUAAAAAUAACAGAAAACGAGCGAAAUAAAAAAAAAAGUGAUAAGAUACAAAACAGAGAAAACCAAACGAGAAAAAACAGAAAAACACGAAAAAAAUGAAAGAAAGUGAAAAUAGAAAAAAAAACAUGUAGAAAUGAACAAAAGAUAAAAUAAAAUAAAAGAUAGAGAUAGAGAGAGAGAGAGAGAGAGAGAGAGAGAGAGAGAGAGAGAGAGAGAGAGAGAGAGAGAGAGAGAGAGAGAGAGAGAGAGAGAGAGAGAGAGAGAGGAGGGCACUCAUCACCACUCACAAAAAAAGAAAUGUACGAGAAAUGGAAAAGACGAAAGCAAAUAAGAUGAUGAAAAAAGAAGACAAAAGAAGGAGACCAGAACAUAAACUCCUCCUCCUCCUCCUCCUCCCUCCUCCUCCUCGACUUCUCCCUUCUCCUCCUCCUCCUCCUCCUCCACCUCCUCCUCCUCCUCCUCGUGCUCCAGGGGGAUGUGGAAGCUCCGGGUCAUAUCAGCAUCUCCUCCUCCUCCUCCUCCUCCUCUUCUCAAUCCUCGCCUCGUUUCCGCCCCCGUGCUCAGGUGUUGUGGCAGCAGAACACGUGGUGGGCGUGUCAGGGGGACGUGCUGAGCUGCCCUGUCACCUGCACACGUCAGCCCCCAAUGACAGGGCGAUCCUAGCCUUGUGGUAUGUGCAGGGAAGGCGUCUCCCGGUGUACAGCUACGACGCACGCGGGCCGAAAGGGUUAUUCCAGCCUGACGAAGUGCUGGAAGGGCGUGGGAAAUUUGACACCACUUCGAAUCCCGCCCGCUUACUCCUUGACCCAGUAGCCACAAGCGACCAGGGCCUGUACACCUGCAGGGUCGAUUUCUUACACUCACCCACGCAGAACACAGUGGCUAACCUCACUGUCAUAGAACCGCCACGGAACCUAACCAUUACAAAUGAAGCAGGAAUGAGAGUAAGGCACAAAAUUGGUCCCAUUAAUGAGGGCUCCCCACUCUCUCUCUCCUGCUACGUGACUGGAGGACGCCCCCAGCCGACGGUCACCUGGUGGUCAGACAGGUUACUUGUGGAGAGGAAAUCUGAGGUCACUGCAAGAGGUGAAAUUAAGUCGAAUCUUCUUAUCCCAGAGGUCAACAGGGCGCAUCAUCUUAAGACCUUUUCCUGCCAGGCUCAGAAUAACAAUCAACAGAAACCAUUGUCACAGGAGGUUACCAUAGAUAUGAAUUUGCGGCCACUCAGCGUGCGUGUGGAGGAGCGCGCGGAUCCCUUGGUGGCUGGGCAACAAUAUUCCUUCUCCUGUGAGAGUCAGGGCUCUAGACCAUCAGCCACCAUUACCUGGUUUGAGGAUGGGGUGGAGGUGGACUCCCUCAGAACGCAUACGCGCUCGAGCCCCGGGGAGAUUACCAUAGGAACCCUGACUCUCGUGCCGACCCAGGGUGACCACGGUUCGAUCCUCAAGUGCCAGGCCAGUAACCCUUUGGUGCCGGGCAGUGGAAUUACAGACACGGUGGAACUGAAUGUGCAGUAUCCUCCCGUUGUGGUGCUGGAGAUGGGGCGUAAUUUGGUGCCCUCUGCUAUUAAACAAGGUGAUGACGUGUACUUUGAAUGCCGAGUGAAGGCCAAUCCUCCUCCCUACAGAGUCACCUGGGCCCGGGGCAAGGAGGAGGUACGCCAUAACGCAUCUAUGGGCGUCAUUCUGAGCGGGAACAGCCUCGUCUUGCAGCAGGUGGAGAGGAGCAGCGCGGGCCAGUACACCUGCUCAGCCACCAACACAAGGGGAACCCAGACGUCUAACCCUGUCACCCUUGAUGUAAUGUACCCGCCGGAGUGUGUGCUGGACCGGACAACAGUGCUGGCGGUGGGGCGCGGGGAGCGAGUCAACAUAUCCUGCAGAGUGGCCAGCAACCCGCCCAGAGCAACAUUCCACUGGCGCCUGAACGGGUCAGAGCGGACGUACACCUCUCGUGGGGAACCUCUGCCUCGGGGCCACGUCUCCUCACACUACGCAUUCGAGGGCGCCAGUGACAAAGAUUACGGGAUGCUGCACUGCUGGGCCAAUAACAGUGUGGGCGUGCAAGAACAGCCGUGCAUGUUUCAAAUUAUUCCUGCAGGACCCCCAUCAUCCCCCGAGCGGUGUGCAGUCGUGAACAACACCGCGGAGAACAUCGAAGUGCAAUGUGAGCGGGGGUUCGAUGGAGGAAUGCGGCAGCUGUUUCUCGCCGAGGUCUUCGCUGAGGGCGGUUCUCUCCACCUAAACAGGACCUCAGGGGAUCCCGUUUUCUUCGUGGACUCCCUCCGGCCAGGCACUGCUUAUAAUAUACGUGUUACUGCCUUCAAUGACAAGGGGAGGUCACCGCCAAUCCAUCUUGAUGCUGUGACGCUCAAAGUGGCGGAGCAGAGAGUUGGCGAGAACAAGUCCCUGCUGUAUUCCCCGCUCAUCAUCAUUUUCCUAAGCAUUGUGGGAGUUUUUCUCACUCUCAUCUUUAUACUCAUCAUACUCACAAGAUGGCGGAAAAAUAUCUCUGGCCACCCCCGUCCUCCCCACCCACCUCCGGAACAGCGAAGUCCCCCCAGAAAACGAAGAAAACGAGGGUAAAGUCAAGGAAGAAAACGGGAAGCAGGGUGGUGGCGGCGGGAAGAAGAAGAAAGUGGUCGUGGUAGAAAACGGGAUGAAGGAUCGAGUUGGUCACGUGAUCUCUGACGUCAGCACUUCCAAAGAUGCACUGCUGGGUCCGGAGUCCCUCACCCUUGCAAACGGCUGUGUGGGGCAUUACAGCAGUCUUGGGAGAGGCGCCCCACCUUCAAAUACCCUCCCAAGGCCACCUCUUCCAUCCACCACGCCCUCGCACACACGCCCUCUACCCUCCACGACCCAGCACCCGCUCCCUCCACACACACACACGCUUACCCCUCCACAUUCCUUGUCGUCUAGUGUGUCUCAUAAUGACUUCAUGCAGUUUACCUCCUCUGUGCCCCUCCACGUGACCAAGGCGCAGUCCGGGGGUGAAAGGAGCGCCAUUCUCCCUUACAACAGGUUCUCAGAGACACUCCCAAGAAACCACGGGAGGGGAAACAGGGACCUGGAUGAGUAUACGAGUGAUCUAUACAGUAGGGGUGAUGGCUGUAGGGGUGAAGGGAGUGUAGGGGUAUAUGACAGAAGAAGGGGCAGCGUGGCAAUGAAUGGAUACAGUGAUGGGGAUAUAGUGGAGGAGGAGAUGUACAGAGGUAAUGGUGGUGGUGGUGGUGGUGGUGGAUACCGCAGUGAUGGGUAUGGUGGAAUCAUGGAUGCACUGUCUCGUUUCCGUGCCAUAGACAGUUAUAGAGGUGGAGGAGGUGGAGGUGGUGGAGGUGGAGAGGCUUAUGAAAUGAUUAAUACACAAAAUGGAGGAGGAGGAGGAAGAAACGGAGGAGUAGGAGGAGGAAAUGGAGGAGGUGGAGAAAUAAGAGCAGCAGAAGGUGGAGGAGGAGGUGGAGGAGGAGGAGGAGGAGGAGCUGGUGGUGUAGGCUUUGAAUCAUAUCGAAGUGGAGACGGAGGAGGAGGAGGAGGAGGAGGAGGAGGAGCAGGAGGAGGAGGAGGAGGAGGAGGAGGAGGAGGAGGAGGAGGAGGAGGAGGAGGAGGAGGAGGAGGAGGAG